AUGAACAAUGUGGCGCAUUUUAUGGGCCUCUGCGUCCUCCGAGCGGCCUAUGUGUUCUUCUUGCUUCUGUUCACUCUCUUUGCGACUGGUGCGUACAACUGGGCGCUCAAGGUGUACCGCACGGAGCCACAGAAUAUCAACCCCGUCAUGUACCCACUCUUCACCCAAAUCAACGUCUCUGCCUAUGCACCGACGAUGCGGGAGAAGUACUACCGACUCUGGCGUACUUACGACUGGAUGGCCGACAGCUACGCCGCCCCACGUGUUGAUGGAGUCUACACUCGUGUCCCUAUCGUUUACGUGCACGGCAACGGCGGCUCCUACUACUGCGCGCGUUCUCUGGCUCGCUUUGUUUAUGAGGCCAACACGCGCCUGCGGCAGCAGGCGAUGCGCGACUACCGCCGCCACGUGAAGAGGCAGCUAUUCCAGGAGUACCGCGCCAACGAAUCGCUCGAGGAACCGGAGGAAGGGAUGCGCAUUCCAGCUUGGCUGCAGCACCGUGUGGAAGAGAAGCUAGUGCGUGAGGAGGUACCGUUGCUUGGUGUGGAGGUCUUUUCCGUAGACUUUUUGGAAGAGUCGAGCACUCAGUCGGUCCCCAUUACCGUAAAAGAGGCCCGUUUCCUAAACCAUUCCGUCCACCUUGUUGUGGAGGGGUUCCUGCGCACCUACACUGACGUCCUCGCGGCGCCACCAGUGACUGUGUUUGACAGCGAGACGCUCGGCAAAAACGACACACAUCACACGAGCCCUACCGCGAAGGUCCCCGCGGCCGCCAAGAAGCUCCUGAAGGAAGUCGAGAAGGAGUACUCGAGAAGCGUCUGCAGCCACGCAUCCCUUCUGGCGAGCGGGAAGGAGUGCCAGCAGGCGAAGCACCUGAUGAAGCGAUUCUCCACUCUCGAGCGGGUGCGGGCGGAGGUGCAGCGGGUGCAGCAGCAAGGCAUCUGGAUCUGGGCCGAGUCACUUGGAGGCGUGACAACACUCUUGGCCGCCAUCUUGGCUCCGCAUCUCUACGCAGGUGUGAUCAUGGUCGGGACACCGAUACACUACCCGCCGCUAUUCUUCGAUCACGCUAGCGUCUGGCUCUACGAGAUCAUCGAUGCAGUGGUGUUGCAGCGCUACCCCGCCCCGGAAGAUGUAAAGCGAGUAUCCCACAGCAGCAUCACCUGGAAAGACAUGGUAGCCGACGCAAAACAUCCAAACGAUCUCCUCUUCGAUCUCCGUGCCGUGCCGCCCGCCGAGCUUCACCUUCGUCUACGCAACCUCACACUGCUCAACAUCAACGGCGGCACGUUGGACGAUGUUGUUCCCUCUAUCUCCGGAUACCUGCAGCGCUCCACGCCCCGCCCACCUGGUACACUGGUCAAUCGUAGUCUCCUCGUGCAGGAGGGCGGGUAUCGACGCGACAUCUCCACUGAGACACUCCGCGGCUGCGCUACCGCCAUGGACCAUCGCGGUCUCGUGUACGCUCUUCAGUUCUUGCAACAUUCUGCCGACUCGCUGGUGCAGGCGGCGCUGUUGCCAAACGCCAAUGCGUACUUUGGUCAUGAGAAGAAGCUUCCGUCUCUGCGCCGCGAUCGGCUGUUCCCCACCGUGGUGGAAACCCUUGACACGCACCGCUUUGACGAGCAGCGGCUCGAGCACAUCUUCAUGUCCUCCGUGCGCGACUCGAUAACUGGCAAGUAUGUGAAGGAGACGAAGUUCCGUGCGUUAUCGGAGCAACUGAAGCAGUUGUGCGUAGACAGCGACGUACCGAUCGACUACAACGACUUGCCAGCGUACGACGAGGCGGACUCGAGCAGCGGUUACUACAAUGGCACGGAGUUGCUGAACGUGCUCAUGGGUCUGACGACGCUGGCGCCUGAGCAGGUGUUUGUGCCGAACAUCCAGCUGUUCUACGACCAGGAGCGCGAAACACCGAUUCUCGGAUCCGAGGUGCAUGAGCGGGCAGCAACGCUACUGCACCUGCCGACGACGCAGAAGAGUACCAAGUCGAUACCCGGACGAACACUACAGACGGCCGUCAGCUUUUCCAUAUACCGGCAGAUGAAAAAGCGCCGCCAUCGAACCUGGCUAUGGCCACGCUUCUGCAUGCUAGUGGCCAGUGACCAGGGCCUAGGAACGACACGCGCGUAUCUCCAGUAUGACAAGAUCGACCUAUCCGCCUUUGCCGACCACGCUAGCAGUCACUCGCUGCCGCGGUUGCUGCGUGGCUUCGGUGGUGGAGUACAGGUGCACACACAGCCUGGCUACGCGCUGGUGCGCGGCGUGGAUAGCGCUUUGCUGGAGCCGCAGCUGCAGGUGCGCACCGAUGACACGACAGAGGUGUUUCCGCUAGUCAUGUGCGGCUCACUGCACUCCUUCUACCUUGCCCUGCGCGGUCAUGGCUCGCUGCCAGCCGACGAGCCGGAGCAUCAGCUACAGUAUUUCUACGGGCCGUUUCACAAGAACUUGCACAACUUCACCUACCGCUGGAAGCCUUUCAGCACUUACCCGCCCUUGCUCAAUGAGACCUAUCUUAUUUACACUCUUAGUGACAACCGCGGCGCUCGCCCAGAGGUGCAGCUGCCUACCUAUAGCAUGCUGCAGCACGCCUCGCUUGGGUCGCCUGAGUACUGGGUAUGGCUGCUGGUGCUCUGGCCGCAGCGGUGGCUGGCGGCCUUCUCCAUGUACACCGGCAUUGUUCGCCUCGCUGGCGCGUCCGUGGUUCUCUUCUUCACACUGUUCAUCGUUCUCGGUAUGAUGGAUGAGAAGAUAUGCGCAACCCAGUCUCUGAAGAUGGCUCUGUGGCGGCGCUCUCCCUUUCGGCGCAUUCGCGUCUUACCUCCAUUGGUGGGCAUGAUGAUGAUGGGGCUCGUGCUGGAGGUGGUGACAGGUCUCUGGGCAUCAACAGCACUGAGGGUGUGCCUCUCCACCGAUCCCCCGCCGAACGUGACGGAGGCUGAAAUGACGGCACACAUGAGCAUCUGGGAAAAGUUCACUCUGGUCGCGUUGUACGGCAUUUCGCCGAGCUACCGCGCCUGCCGCUUCUCCUGGAUCGUGAUGCAAAGUGUACCAGUGUGGUCUGUGUUGGUGGAGGAGUUGGCCACCAUCUACCUCGGCUUUGGCAUAGCAAGCGCCUUACUUGUGCUGGUCUUGGGUUACCUGGCUGCAGUCGGUGCCAUUACGUGGCCGCUUCGCCGGCUAGUUCUGCUCCCGCUCCUCCGCUCUGCACCGGCGUUGCUGGCGCUGCUUCUCGGGUUGGGGUGGGCAGCGCCAACGGUCCUGCUACUGAAAUGGCCGUCCUUCCCAUUGUGCUUUGUGGACGUCGUCGCCGCCAGCCUGUUGGCAGUUCCGGUGUGGAUGCUACCUCGUUGGACACGCCCUGGGUACGACUACCGCCUCGUAUUCCUUUUCUUCUCUUUGGCCUGCAUCUUCCCGUCACACUUCAACGGCCUCGUUCUGACGAUACGCAACGCCGUCAUGCUGCGCAAUAGCCCUGCCGCUUUUGCAGACGCAGAGCGCUACACCCCCAGCCGACCGCAGCUCAUCGUCUUCGGCGUUGUGCAGGCAAACUUAGCCUGCGCCUACACGUCGUUGUUUUUCAUCCUCCGCAACGAGGAGACUCUCCAGACGGCGGGCAGGAAAAAAGAAAAGCGUGCAAAGACAUCUGCCUCGACGCCGCAGUCAGAGGUGAGCGACGGCUACGUACUGGGUGACGUGGGCCGUCGCGCUCCGCGCUUGCGCUCACUCGUCGAGAUGCUGAACACUACUUUUAUCUUCGUCAGCGUGUGGGCCUCUGUCGUCGCCAUGCGGCGGCCAAUCGAGGGCGCUACCUCCCUGCUGAGCAACAUGACACUUCUGGGAUACCUGAGCACUUACCUGCUCAGGGAGCUGUAG